GUGGGCACAUGCGCAGUAGCAUCCUUGGCCAUCAGCAUCAGGACCACUAAACGUCUACGGAGAGAAGAUGGUGCAUGUAAACACGGCGAAGGAAGUGACAGCGUCACCCUAUCGGACCGUGGCCGCGGUUGUCGUCGACUAACGCGUUGUUUGAAGUCGAAAAAACGAGCAUUAAAAUAUUUUUUUUUUGCUAGAAAAACAGCGUGCGGGGACAUGCGACGGUGUUAGCAAGGCUUAUCGAUUUAGCCUCAAUGACGACGGUUGGAAAGCUCCGCGGCGCUCCGUCAGGCUUCAGAAGGAUUCCUCCGCUGUCAGCUCACAUGACGGGCUUUUUUGUGUGAUGGUCGCCGCUUUCUAGUGGGAUGCACAUCAGUGCUUGGCCGUACUCGCUCUCCGUCGUCAUGGCAGCUCUGUACCAGGGUACGGACGCCUCCUCUCCGGACAAAUUCCUGGCCCUGAAAGACGUGAGGGAAGUUAAGGAGGAAACGACGCUGGAUGAGAAGCUCUUCCUCCUGGCAUGCGAGAAGGGUGACUACUACAUGGUGAAGAAGCUGCUUGAGGAGAACCGACAUGGCGAGCUCAACGUCAACUGCGUGGAUGUUCUGGGAAGAGAUGCGGUGACCAUCGCCAUCGAGAACGAGAAUCUAGACAUCCUGCAGCUUCUUCUUGAGUAUGGUUGCCAGACAACAGAUGCCUUGUUGGUAGCCAUAGACUCAGAGGUGGUGGGAGCUGUGGACAUCCUUCUCAACCACAGACCGAGGCGAUCCUCAAAGCCGUCUAUCGCAAAACUAAUGCAGCGGAUUCAGAACCCAGAGUAUUCCACCACCAUGGACGUGGCUCCAGUCAUCCUGGCAGCACACAGGAACAACUACGAGAUCCUGACGAUGCUGCUGAAGCAGGACAUCUCGCUUCCCCGGCCACAUGCAGUUGGCUGUGAAUGCAUGCUAUGCAAUGCUAAAAACAAGAAGGACAGCUUAAGACACUCCAGGUUCCGCCUGGACAUCUACCGCUGUUUGUCGAGUCCUUCCCUCAUCAUGCUGACCGAGGAGGAUCCUAUUCUCAGAGCGUUUGAGCUCAGUGCAGACCUAAAGGAGCUCAGCCUGGUGGAGGUGGAGUUCAGGAACGACUAUGACGAGCUGGCCAAGCAGUGCAAGAUGUUUGCCAAGGAUCUGCUGGCUCAGGCUCGGAACUCCCGGGAGCUGGAGGUGAUCCUUAAUCACACCUCUAGCGAGGAUCAUGUUGAUAAGAGAGGCCUGCUGGAGGAGCGCAUGAACCUUAGCCGGCUUAAACUGGCCAUCAAGUACAACCAGAAAGAGUUUGUGGCCCAGUCCAACUGUCAGCAGUUCCUCAACACCGUCUGGUUUGGAGAAAUGGCCAGCUACCGGCGCAAACACACCUGCCUGAAGAUGGGCACGGUUUCCAGCGUGGCGCUGCUCUGGCCGCUGCUCUCCGUCUGCUACCUUCUGGUGCCGCGCUCUCGAGUCGGCCAGAUCAUCCACACACCGUUCGUCAAGUUCAUCAUCCACAGCGCCUCCUACAUGACCUUCCUGCUGCUGCUCAACCUUUACUGUUUGGUGUACAACGAGCAAAAAAAAAACCUGAUGGGCCCGGCGCUGGAGAUGAUCGACUACCUCCUGAUCCUCUGGAUCCUAGGAAUGGUGUGGUCCGACGUGAAGCGUCUGUGGUACGAAGGGCUGGAGGACUUCCUGGAAGAGUCGAGGAACCAGCUGAGCUUUGUGAUGAACUCGCUUUACCUGGCCACCUUCGCUCUCAAAAUAGUCGCUCACAGCAAGUUCUGUGAGAAGGUACUAGAGAGGAAGAACUGGGACGCCUUCCAUCCCAUCCUGGUGGCUGAAGGACUCUUUGCUUUUGCUAAUGUUCUGAGUUACCUGCGACUGUUCUUCAUGUACACCACCAGCUCCAUUCUGGGGCCGCUACAGAUCUCCAUGGGUCAGAUGCUGCAGGAGUUUGGGAAAUUCCUGGGCCUCUUCCUGCUGGUGCUGUUCUCCUUCACUAUCGGGCUCACCCAGCUCUACGGGAAAGACCUCAAAGACCCGAACACAAACACAACAAACAAGGACUGCGAGGGCAUCUUCUGUCAGCAGCAGAGCAACGAUGCGUUCCACACGUUUAUGGGGACCUGCUACGCUCUAUUCUGGUACAUCUUCUCCUUGGCUCACGUUGCGCUCUUCGUCACCCGGAUCAGCUACACAGAGGAGCUGCGCUCCUUUGUCGGAGCCUUGAUCAUCGGCACAUACAACAUUGUGGUGGUUAUUGUGCUGACCAAGCUGCUGGUGGCCAUGCUGCAUAAAAGCUUCAGACAAAUCGCUAACCACGAGGAUAAAGAGUGGAAGUUUGCCCGAGCCAAACUGUGGCUCAGCUACUUCGACGACAAAUGUACUCUGCCUCCACCUUUUAACAUCCUCCCUUCGCCCAAAACCAUCUGUUACCUGGUGACCAGUUUGAGGAAGUGGAUCUGUUCACACACAUCUAAAGGCAAAGUGAAGAGGCAAAACAGCCUCAAGGAGUGGAGGAACCUGAAGCAGAAGCGUGACGAGAACUACCAGAAGAUCAUGUGCUGCCUGGUUCACCGUUACCUGACCUCCACGAGGCAGAAGAUGCAGAGCAUGGACCAGGCCACCGUGGAGAAUCUCAACGACCUGCGCCAAGACCUGUCCAAGUUUCGCAACGAGAUGAGGGACCUACUGGGCUUCCGUACAUCCAAAUACGCCAUGUUCUACCCGAGGAGCUAAGAAAAAAAACUCUGCUUCUUGUUUGUCUGGGAUGCUGUUCAGCACGAAGCAUGUGCAAAAAAUAAUAAUCAUAAUCCUCAAAGACAGACCUUCCCAAGCCCCCAGACUCAGGCCUGCUCUCUGUUAUUCAGCUAUUUAACCCUGUUUUUGUAAAUAUAAAAAGCCGUUCUUUUCAACAGGAUAAAGAAUAAAACGUUUAUGGCAAAUUUAGGCUUUUGGGGGGAAUUUAAGUUAAUAAAAACUGAGAAUUUUUCCUCUGAGAUUAAUAAAGUAUCUUUGAAUUGAA